AUGGUCUUUGUUCGUCUGGCCAACUUGUACAACAAGAUAGGUAAACUCAGUGAGUCCAAAUCAUAUUGUGAAAAUGCUAUCAAGAUUUAUUCGAAGCCGCUUAAAGGGGUCCAGCCAGAGGAGAUCGUAAGCGGUUUGGUGGAUAUUUCGGCAAUUUACGAGCCCAUGGACGAGCCAGAAAAGGCGCUCGAGCUGCUGCAGAAAGUGGUGGAUUUGUAUGGGAAUGCUGCAUAUGGGUUCACGUGCGUGCAGAUUUCGCGAUUCAACGAGGCUGCUGAUUUGUUUGAGGAAGCCAGAGAUAUUCUGGAGGCCGAAUGUGGGCCCUACCAUGCUGACACCCUAGGGGUCUACAACAAUCUUGCUGGAACUUAUGAUGCAAUGAGAAGGCUGGCGAAGCUACUGAAAGAAACAGGAUUGGAAUGGAGAAGGAAAUCCAGAUCACUCGAGACCUUACUCGACAGGCACAAUAUAACCACGUUAUUCGAUGUUCAAGAGUCGUGA